AUGUCUUACACCCCCUCCCCUCCCCAGAUUUCCCUCCAGUAUUACUCCAGUGGCAGUUGGCAUCACACCUGCGGUGGGUCCCUCAUCCGGAAGAACUGGGUGAUGACGGCAGCCCACUGUGUGGAUCGUAACUUGAACUUCCGUGUUGUGGCUGGCGAGCACAACCUCUACUCAAAUGAUGGCAAAGAGCAGGUCUUCAGCGUGAGCAAGAUCAUCAUUCAUCCCUACUGGAACAGCAACAACGUUGCUGGGGGCUACGACAUCGCCUUGAUCCGCCUGGCCAGCUCUGCCACCCUGAACAGCUACGUGCAGCUGGCGGCCCUGCCCCGGGAGGGCUCCAUCCUGCCCAACAAAUACCCCUGCUACAUCACGGGCUGGGGUCUCACCCGCACCAACGGGCAACUCUCCAGCGUCCUGAUGCAGGCGCCCCUGCCCGUGGUGGACCACCAGAUCUGCUCCAGCCCAUCCUACUGGGGCUCCACAGUCAAGACCACCAUGGUCUGCGCCGGCGGGGACGGCGUCCCGCUCGGCUGCCAGGGUGACUCGGGUGGUCCCCUCCACUGCGCGGUGAACGGGCAGUACCAGGUCCAUGGCGUCGCCAGCUUCGUCUCUAGCCUGGGCUGCAACGUCAAGAACAAACCCACCGUCUUCACCCGCGUGUCCGCCUACAUCUCCUGGAUGACCAACGUAAGGCGUCGGCAGGGCGCGGGCCCGGGGGGCUGA